AUCUCGACCAAUCAGCAGCUCGCAUGCUAAUGAGCCGCAGCCUGCCGGAGUGCGUCGGUGCGGCGUGAGGCGAACGCGGCAGUCCGGAUUCACACCGAGCCGAAGCUACGCGCUGCUCCCCGUCUGAGAAGCCCUGGAUGGCCGCUUAGCCGCACGGACACACGGGUCAACGCUCCACGGACGCCGUCCUUCAGAUGAGUCGCUCCUUUCCCCGAUAAAAGCGGAUAUUUCUCACUUUGCUGGAGUCACAGGCCAUAACUGCAACAUGAAGUACAAAAACCUGAUGGCCAAAGCGUUGUAUGACAAUGUGCCGGAGUCUCCUGAGGAGCUGGCUUUCCGUAAAGGGGACAUCCUGACAGUCAUUGAGCAGAACACGGGCGGCCUGGAGGGCUGGUGGCUUUGCUCCCUGCAUGGACGCCAAGGCAUCGCCCCUGGCAACCGUCUGAAGCUGCUGAUCGGGCCCAUGUUCGAUGCCCAGUCGCCAGUCGCAAGCGCUGCUGCUGCCCAGUCUUCCCCUCAGAGCUAUCAGCAGAAGGCUGGCUCUGGUGCGCAGGGGCUCUACCAGGUGCCCCCGUCCCUCCAGAGUCCACAGCAACAGAGUCAACAGAGCAUCUACCAAGUUCCUCCAGGACAGGACAUCUACCAAGUCCCGCCGAGGAGUACACUAGCUGCCGAAAACACACUGAGCAAGGUGGUGACCCCAACCAGAGUGGGACAGUCCUACACCUACAGCCCAGGUCAGCACAACCAACAGGACCUGUAUGAUGUCCCACCCAGCAGAUCACAGGGGGUUUAUGAUAUUCCACCUGGUCAGAUGUUCUCGGGUCAGCAUGGCAGCGCCAGAAACCAGGGAGUCUACGACGUUCCCCCAUCUCAGGCGGACCUCAGGACACAAGGCGUUUACGACAUACCUCCCUCUUCACAAGGCGUCUACUCGGUGCCUCCCUGCAGGACCAACGCCGCCCUUCAGGAGGGGAACUACGACUUCCCGCAGCCACUCAAACACAAACAGGAAGGCAUCUACGACGUGCCACCACCUGCCCUCAGCAAACCCACACAGAGCCCCCAGUCGCAUUACGACUUCCCCCCCAGUGCGGAGCCUCCUGCCCAUCACAAUCACACAAAUACCAAUGGCAAUGAAGGCAUUUAUGACGUGCCUCCGCCCGCCCUUCAUUCAGGGGCGGGGUCUCACAGGGACAUUUAUGACAUCCCCCGAGGCAUGCAGCCCCCCCAGCACAGACCUUUGCCCGCAGACAAAGACGGAAGCAAAGGCAUCUAUGACAUGCCGGCUCAGGACGUUCGAUCGGUAGCGGACGUGACGGAUGGGGUGAACCGCCUGUCCUUCUCCAGCACCGGCAGCACACGCAGUAGCAUGUCCACCUCCUCGUCCUCCACAGGUUCCAGCUCCGAAGGCCGACUCGCUCUGGACGUGGACGCUGCUGUGCAGAGGUUGUACCGCCUGCAGCAGGGACUGGAGGCCUCCGUCGGGGCUCUGCAUUCAAUGGCAGCAUCCCCUCACUGGAGGACUUUUCCCUUCAUGGAGCGCCAUGCUAACGAUGUCCGCAUGGUGCUGGACCGUGUCCGGGCCGCGCUGGGGGACUUCCUUGUGUUCGGCAGGGGCGCUGCAGCCAACGCCACGUGUCUUUCCGACUCCAGCCUACACAGCAAGAUGAGACGGCAGCUGGGGCGCCUGGAGGACUCGCAGCAGAUCCUGCUGCAGAUCUACCAAGUCCUGGAGAGCUGCAGCUGGGCGCUCAACACCCUGGCCGCCUCCGGAAAGCACCACAACAAGAGCGACGACCUGGACCGCUUCGUCAUGGUCUCCAGGACGGUCCCCGACGAUGCCAAGCAGCUGGCGUCCACGAUAGGCAGCAACGCUGAGCUGCUGUUCAGGCGGACGCACAUGGACGGGUCUUUCUCUAUUGGGAGUACACCCGAUGAGAACAUGAGCCACCCGCUCACGUCCCCCUCCUCAGAUAACGACAACUACGGGGGCCAAACCAAGCCCUUCCCUGUGCCCUCCAGCCAAGACAAGGACAACAUGAACAACAGCGAGAAGUGUGUGAAAAGCUGGAUGGAAGACUACGAUUACGUGCAUCUACAGGGCAAAGAGGAUUUUGAACGUCAGCAGAAAGAGCUGUUGGAGAAAGAAAACAUCAUCAAGCAGAACCAGGUCCAGCUGGGUCAGGAGCAGAUCAAUCAGUUCAAGAAGCUGGAGCAGGAAGUGAGCAAACCCGUGGAGAACGACAUGACGCAGUGGGUGUCGCACCAGCAGCCGGCCUCCCCCCCGGACACGUCCCCCGCCCCGUCCCCCUCCACGCGCGCGUGCGCCCGGGACCGCCAGCUGCUCGCCUUCUACUCGGAGCAGUGCGAGCAGCACUUCGUCACGCUGCUCAGCGCCGUGGACGCCUUCUUCGCCUGCGUCGGCGCCGGACAGCCCCCGCGCAUCUUCGUGGCCCACAGCAAGUUCGUGAUCCUCAGCGCCCACAAGCUGGUGUUCAUCGGGGACACGCUGUCCCGGCAGGCGGCGGCCCCGGAGGUGGCCAACCGCGUGAUGAACGCCAGCAACGUGCUGUGCGACCUGCUGAAAACGGUGGUGGGCGCCACGAAAGCCGCCGCCCUCAACUACCCCAACACGGCCGCCGUCCAGGAGAUGGUGGACCGGGUCACGGACCUGUCACAUCACGCACAGCAGUUCAAAGAACACUUACUGCAAAUGGCCAACUUGUGAUUUCGAACCUCGGCCCCGUCGUGUAUUUCACCACAGCCUCCACGUGUACAUUAAUCUACCUUAAAUAUAUAUAUUUACAGUACAUAUGUAUAUUGCUCUGCUCUUACAGCCUGUUUGGAUGUUGUAAAUAGUCUGUUCUGUAAAUAUUUGCUCUAUUUUUGUGUCGACUGUUUUAUAUUGUGUAUGAAUAUAUGUGUAGAAGCAGCGUUUGUGUCGAUUACGUGGACAUUUUUCAUAACAUUCCCGUUGCAUAUUAUUAAGCACCUUCCCGCGUUCUGAUUUUCAAGCGUAGCGUUGUGCUCAUGUGUCCUACUGCUCGAUGUGACAGUAAAUAUCUCUCAGUCAUGUUAACGCCAAUGUUUGUGGAGACCCCCACAAAGUAAAGGAUUGUCCUUAACUCUGAA